ACUGGUCACAGUUAUCUGAAUCUUGCCAGUUAAGAAAUAGUAAGAGAGCUUCUAUUUGCGCAUAUUCAUCAUGGCGACGGAAACUAACGAUGGUCCUAAUCAGAAAAUGGAAGUAGACUUCAGUUCUACUGUAGAAGAAAAAGUUCCACUUUUUGAAGCGCUUGCGAAGGUAUAUUUCAAUUAAUUUAGAUAUUCUAUAUAAUAAUAUAAUAUUGUGAAAUUCAUUUAGACGUUAGGUCGAUCAUCAUUCAAUCAUUGUCAUUAAUUCAUUUAAUUAAUUUUUUAAUAAUGAUUUUAUUUAUUUAGUUUUACUGUUUGUAUUACUAGUUACUGUAGUCUGUAAAAUUCAGUGUAUUGUUGAUUGACUUAGUUGUGUAGUGUAGUGAAUUAGUCAGACUUAGUGAUAGUCCACUUAGGAGGGAUAGUGAUUAGUGGCCUUACCCUUACUUAUUACAGCCCCACACCCCCUCUUCAUUUCAAAACAUCCCCCCCCCCUCCCUCUUGAUUUCAAAACAUUCCCCCAUCCCCACGAUUAAAAAUACUAUUAAUUUCAGGCCCUAAAUUAGGGGGACUUAGGAUUUGUUACUUAGUUAAAAUUAUAGAAGUAGGACUAUUUAAUUUAAAAUUACUCCAAUUAGCUUACAAACAAUCUGAGUCUGAGUACAUUUAUCAGUUUGAGUUUGUUAAUAAAAAAAGUAGUAGUAGUAGUCUUCAACUUAGAGGUUAGUAGUUUAAGCAAUUCUAUGUCCUAGUCAGCAGUGAUUAGAUUUUUAGAUGUACUAUUGUACUACUUGACUAAGUUACUUAUUGACUUUUUGUCUUUCAAGUCAAAGUUUUUGAUUUUUUCUUUGUGUUUACAAUUUCAAUAAGACUUAAUUUCCUUGAGCCUAGCCUACAUUGCUACAUCAUAAUAAUUUAUUUUAUUUUGAUAACUCGUUUUCUGGGUUGGGUAUUGACAGUAUUGUCGUGUCUGUAGUAGUAAUUGUAUUAGUAUUCAUAAUGAAGAAACCCCCGAAAGUCAGUUGUUGUUGAUGUUAAUAACUAGAUAAUAAUUUAACCUCAGUCUAAGUCGACUAAGUCUAGACCUAGUGAAAACCUUAAAAAUAAAAUUGCAUUGGCAAAGCCCCUAUUUACAUUAGAUUAAUAACUAAUAAACAAGACUCAUAUUAAUUUUAAAAUAUUAUAUUUAUGCCACCUAAAUUAAAUAAGUAGAAAGCUUAACUUCACUCAAAUAUUUUUGAGCAGAAUGUUAUUAAUUUUUAGUGAAUUUAGUAUCUGGUCCAAGAAGUGCUGAGAACCAAAAAGGUCCAAAUUAAAUCAUAAUUUUAAUAAUUCAGUUAGGCUAGUUAUGUUACACUUGCCUGAUUUGGUGACUUAGGCAUUAGGGAUUCAAUCAUAGGUAUAACUUAUAACUAAAAAUAUUCCAGCAAUUUGUCCUUUGUGUUAUAAUAAAAAUAACAUGCUAACUUUAAUUAAUUCAAUAUUUCAGCAAGGCAAGUUAUCAGAGGCAAUAGAUGGCUUGAUGUCUCUUGAAAAGCAGACAAGAACUGUGAGUAGGCCUACUGAUAAUGUUAUGUCUUAAAUAAAAUUAUGAAAUAAAAAAAAUUAAAUUUUGUUUCUUUUACUUUUAAUCAUGUAAAUAUUGUUAAACAAAAAUUGUUGAUUUGCAGUAGGGCUGGAAUACACAUUUAUAAACAAAGCAAUAUGAAAGAUAAACAGAUUAUAUGAUGACUAAUUUGGUUGAAAGUAAAGAAAAACCACCCAUUCCUUAGAAAGUGAAAUCUCUAAGGAAGUGUGCCCCAUGGCCAUGAAGUGGAAUACAAUUACAAGUUGAAUUAAUUAAACAAAGAUUGGCUAAAAAUGGAACACCGAUAAAAUACAAGAUGAUAAUACGUAUGUCAUAUGAAAUAACAAGGGAGCAACACAAAGUUAGCAUGGGGGGGGGGAGAAAAGAUGGAACUAUGAAACACAAUUACUUACUAUGAAAAUUCAAAGGGAUUAUUUUGAGUAAAUUUGACAUAAAUGUUCAUUUAAAUAUGUCUCCAAUCACAUCCUGUUUGUCAACUAGAUUUCUCUCUAAUUCUACUCUCACAGGCUGCAGAUACACACUCCACAAGUCGCAUUUUAGUAGCUAUUGUGAAAAUUUGUUUUGAAGCAAAAAACUGGGAUGCUCUUAAUGAGAAUAUUGUUCUCCUGACAAAGAAGCGGGGACAAAUUAAACAGGUAUAGAUCUAUUCAAAAUUUACCAUGACCAUGAUGACUAUUUUUUUUUAUUACUUCUCUUUUUUUUUUAAAAAGUAUUUACUUUAAAAGUAUAAAAGUAUCUUUUACCUGUUAUUUUUUUAAUGAAACUUUGUUCGAUGUUGAAAUGUUUUACUUUGACCAUGCUCAAUAAUAAAAAAAAUUUCUGAAAUUUAUUCAAAGGAAAGUUGUUCCAACUGAAAGUGUGUUCAAAAUGAAAUUUAUUAAGCUGAGAUUUAUUUUUAAUGUAUUUUAAGGGCGGAUAGGAGUGAUAAAUAAGGAAAAUGUCCAUUUAGAAACAAUUAAUUUUUUUCAUUUCCGACAUACUUCCGUUCAAACAAAUGUCUUUCCUAUACAUUUCCGGUAACAACCAACAGAUAUAUGAUUAAAUAAAAAAAAUCACAAUAAUCAUGAGGUAUUUUAGAAUCGCAAACUUCAAUAAUCUUGACGCUAUUUUGAAUUUAACACUUUCAGGUUAAAGAGUUGGUUAAUUGUUUAUUUUUUCUUUAGUCUGUGACAAAGAUGAUCCAAGAAGCAUGUGGCUAUGUAGAGAGUACACCAAGUAAAGAAGUCAAACUGAAGCUUAUUGACACCCUAAGAUCUGUAACUGCUGGCAAGGUAUGAUUUAAGAUGAUUUUUUAAAUCAAUUUUAGCUGAAAUAAAUUUGAUAGCCUGACCACGACUGAGAAGAAAUCAUGAUUACUUUAAAGUUUUUACAUAAAAAGAUGUGUUGAGGUUCUUAAAAAAAACAUUACUAGUCAACAAUCUCUUUUAACUGUUUUAUAAAAUAUUUGAAAUUUAUUGUUAUCACAUUCUAAUUAAUCCAUUCAGAUUUAUGUUGAGAUUGAAAGGGCUCGACUUACCAGAACACUGGCCAAAAUCCGUGAGGAUGAAGGUGAUAUUGCUACAGCUGCUAAUGUAUUGCAAGAGUUGCAGGUAAAGUUCUCCUUUCCAUUUAAAAAAAGUUUUUAAACUUAAAUAAAAAGAUGUUAGUGUGUUCAGAAUUAAGUGAUAUGUGUUGCAGCCGGUUUCAUCCUGUUGUUUUUGUGUUUCUUAUAAAACUAAUUUCUAAAAUUCUACAAAACACCAUUCAAGUAUUAAAUGCUUCUUAUUUCAAAACUGAUAAUGCAACUAACAAAUCAUUUUUAGGUUGAAACAUUUGGAUCAAUGGAACGAAAGGAAAAGGUCGAAUUUAUUUUGGAGCAGAUGCGGUUAUGUUUGGCAAAAAAAGAUUACAUACGUACCCAGAUCAUCAGUAAGAAAAUAAGCAUCAAGUUUUUUGAAGACUCAGACACUGUGGUGAGUUGGUUUGGUAAUACUCAUAUUGUGACAAAGAUUAUUUCUUCUGAUUAAACUAAAUUUUUGAAAAUAACUAGUAUGAUACAGAUGAGAUGAAUAUAACCUGUAUAAAAUAUGGAGAUCUCAGCGGGAAAAACAGUCAAGCUACAAAUGUUGAUAUUUCCAGGUUCUAAAGAUUAAUGUGGCAGUGCAAAAAUCUCUUAAAGCGUAUAAAUUUCCAAAAUAAAAUGGCAUCUCCAAGUACAAGCUGAGCUAUAAAAUAGUAUUGUUAGGUGCAAAUCUUUUAAUAUUCAAACUCUUAAAUCCUUUUCUCUCAAAAUGUCUAAAUUUGAUAUUUUACGUUUUUUCUUCUGAGGUUCUCAUGUGUGCUGUGCAUCUAUAUAUUUCUAAGAUGAUUUUGUCUCAGUUUUUGUUCUUCACCAAUGAGUACUCAAUAAAUUUGAAAAAUCUGCAAUUUUUGGGGUUAUUUAAUUUUGUUGAGUGUGUCUUGUUUUUGAGGAAUGCUGGUUGAUGAUGUAUGGAAAAGAAAUAUUUGUGCUUAAUGUUUUUCGAGGCUGUGACAACAUUUAACUUUACUUGCCUGUAGUUAUUGAACUUGUUUUAAGACCUCAUCUUUUUUUCUAGGACUUAAAGCUGAAGUUUUAUCACUUAAUGAUUGAGCUGGACCAACAUGAGGGAUCUUAUCUGGCAAUUUGCAAGCAUUACAUGGCUAUCUAUAAUACAGAGCAGAUACAGAAUGACAAGGAGAAACUGAAAGAAGUGAGGGCAUUUUUAUUGACUUGUGGUCAGUCUUUGAUGUGUAAAGGUGUUAAUAAUACCCCCCAAAAAAUAUUAUAAAUAUUUGAUCUCCUCUGUAGCUAACUAUGUACUAGAAACAAAAACAUGUCUACCUUGCCCCUCUCCAAUGCUUUUGAUUUUGAGUUCACAUAAAACCUAAGGGCUAUUUUACCACCAUCCCCUUUCCUGACUAAAAACAGAAGUACCGGUAAGACUUGUGACAUAAGUUUGUAUUGAAAAAUUUAUCAAAACGUGCAUACAAUUUUAGCCAUAUUUAAGAGUGAGUUUGUGAUAUGUAACAUUAAAUUUGUUUCCCCUACAAAAUUAGCACUUUUAAAUUUUUUUGAUGGAAAACGUGAUAGCUUCCUUGAUAUAUGACAAAGUAUUUUUUUAAAAAUACAGGUUUUUUUUUGUUUGUUUUUUUCUCCCCAGGCCUUACGAUGUGUGGUAAUAUACUUGGUUCUUGCCCCAUUUGAUAAUGAACAAUCAGAUCUCUUACACAGAGUGUCACAAGACAAAAAUCUGGAGGAGAUUGGAUUUUAUCAGUAACUUUAUUUUCUUUUGCUACACAUGUUUAAAGACCUUAUAUUAAAGCAUGGGAAACUUUUUACAAUAUGCAAUGCUAGAUUGGCUUGAAAAUAAUCUCAUUGUCCGAAACUAAUCUUAAAAAUAUGUGCAUAAUAAUAAUAUUUUGUAAGGACCAAUUUAUUAUUUAGACUUGCUAUUGCUAAGGCUAAGAAUAUAAACUUAACAUCUUUGUAGGCAUUUUAAAGCAACUUAUACAAUCAUCCAACUCAUCAUUGUUGCCUUAGUUAGGUUGCACUGUAAAAAGUCUACAAUUUUUGUGUUGUUUAGAAAAUUCCUCAAAAAUUUCACAACAAAUGAAAUUAUUAACUGGAGCCAAUUGUGCAAGGAGUACGAGAAAGGUCUGAAGACUGGAGACACUGCAACUAAUGUCUUUGUGGCCAGCAACAAGGUGGAGGGUGGUGAUAAACGAUGGGCUGAUUUAAAAAAUAGAGUUGUAGAACAUGUAAGUCAGUUAAAACAAAAUACAUAUUUUUCAUUCUAGAAUUAAGCUCCUUGAUGCCUGUGAGAUACAAACCUAGAUGCACAUAAGUUUCAAAAGUUCUCCAAUGUCUAUUAAAGCAAUUUCUGCUGCAUCUAAUGAGGCGUUGUUUUUAUGUUCAAUUUAGGAAAGCUUCCAACUUCUAUUUAUCAUCAUAGUCCAAAUUUCUGGCCAUAGUAAGAUUUUAUUUAAAAAUUGUAUAGGUAUUUGUCAGUUUACACCUGCACAAAACAGUCUUGAAUCAAAUUUAAAUAUAUAAUAAUUUUUUUUAAAAAUGUUACUGUUUAUAUACAUUCUUGCUGUGUUCUUAUUGUAAAUUGGUCUGCCUAUCAUAAGUCAAUUUUCAAUGCAUUGUGUUCUGCUGACUUACUCAUAUAAAAUGCAUGCAUUUAUUUCAUUUUUUUUCUUUUUAGAAUAUCAGAGUAAUGGCUAAAUAUUAUACAAGGCUACGUAUGCAGAGAAUGGCAGAAUUAUUGGAUCUUACAGAAAAUGUAAGUUACUGAAUCUUGUGCAUGGAUACAAAAUAAAAAGCACUUGGUUAUGAUUACUUUAAAUUCGGCUAGGCUGAUCAGUGUCACUUGAACAGCAAGAAGUAAAUUCAUGGAUAUUCUCCCCUUCCCUGAACAUGUGUAAGGGAGUUUGCCUAAAGGUUUAAUAAAUAAAAAAUGAGUAAAUGAAAGCAGUUGUUUAUUAUCAGACUUAUAUCAAAUUUGUGAUUUUUCACACUUGUUAUGAAUAGCAGAGAACCGGUCUAACAUGUGGAUGGCAACAACAUUUUCUAUUUUAAAACCCCCCAGCAUCACAAUUAAACAGCCGUAACACAACUAUCUUCUUUAUGAGUUGCCGUAACACUACUAUCUUCUUUAUGUGUUGCCGUAACACAACUAUCUUCUUUAUCAGUUGCCAUAAACUGAUAUCUCAAUGGAAAUUGGCUUCAAUAAUAUCUGAAAGAGUCCCUGCACAUACAUGCAAAAGUCACAGCAGCCACUCUCUAAUUUGGCAGUCUAAACCUUUUCCUCUUAAAGUUAUGUAAAAUAUGUACAAGUAAACGUAUAAAUUUAAAUAUUUUAAAUAUAAAGAGCUUGUGUCAAUGAGCAUAAAGGAAGAAAAUAAAACCCAGGCGUUAGAGAUUAUUCUAUUCAAAGUAGUUGAAUGUUUCCUGGACUUUGAGCAUAGGAAAAUUAUGCAGAAUGGCUAACAGUUAGGAUUUUAAUUGUCUAGUGUUGGUUUAAACACUAAUCAUUUAGUUCUUGUAACCAUUGAGAUUAUCUUCACCAGUCGCCCAUUGGUUUGUGUACUACUGCCGUAAAAUGUGUUUUUCAAUGAAGAGAAACAGCCUUAACUUAUAGAGAACUUUCUUUCCCAGGAAACUGAAGAAUUUCUUUCCAAUCUGGUGGUCAACAAGACAGUUGAAGCCAAGAUAGACCGCCUGGCCGGCGUUGUCAGCUUCAGUCAGGCAAAAGAUCCCAAUUCGGUGCUAAACGCGUGGUCGUCUCGGCUCUCGGACCUGAUGCACCUCAUUCACAAAACCAACCACUUGAUCAAUAAAGAAAACAUGGUUCACAGACUUAUCCCGGGGGAUAUCAAAUUGUCAGCCUAAGUCUAGAGCCACUUUGAAAAUAUGAUACAGGUUAACAGUGUAGGGUCUGAAUGGUUUAUGGAUGAAAGACUUUGACAAGUUCAUUAUAUCUUAGCUAUUAACCUGACUUAUUCCAUAUCUGUGUCGUUGUGUGAAAAUAGCAAAUGUUUUGAGAUAUCGUUGGUAAAUAAAUUCACCGUUUUCAAACUUGC